GGACGGUGGAGAUGAGUUUCUCUUCCUCAUCAAAGUUCUCCGUCACCCGUAGGUGAAAAAGUCACUCCUCUCUUUGGGGCUAGGGUUUUCCCUGAACCAUUUGAACAUUGCAGAUAUGGGCUCUGCUAGGGUUUACACUAGUGGUUUUGUCUUCUCAUAUUGGAUUGGUUAGGGCUCGGCUUAGGUUUUUGAUUCUUCUUCAUUGUGGGCCUUUUUCUUCUUGAACUUGCAGAAUCGGUUUAAGGUUUUUCUUUCUGCCUUGGAGUUGCAGUGCAAUUCAGUGUUAGUGGUAGGGUUUUGCAUAGAGAAAGAUGGACUCUUUCAGUGCAAUUUCAGAGGCCAUGAAAGCUGUAGCAAAGAAGAAAGAGAACCUCCACAAAGCCUUUGAAGGCCUGAUUUCUCACGGCUCUCUGGCUUCCUUGCCCCUUCAAUGGAAGGACAUUGAGGCCCAUUUCCAUUUGAUCGAGAAAGAAAUCAAUGAAAAGCUUGAAAAGCUCUCUGAGAAAGAGAAAUUGAUGCCAAAACCAGAGAUGAUUCAGCAAAAACCAGAGAAACCUACUGAGAACAUCGCAAAAAUUCCUGCAAAAGCAGAGGUAUCUCCAGAAAAAAUGGUGGCAAAACCAGGAAAAACUGAAAAUACUCCAGUAAAACCAGAGAAUUCUUCUGCAGGUAAUUCAAAGCUAGGUGUGAAGCCGAAGCGAAUAUUGAAGACCCUCUGUGAAAAAAUGGAUGCAAAGGGACUUCUCAAGUUCAUAAUUGAACAUCGACGCGAGGUCCCAGCCAUUCGAUAUGAGCUUCCUAUGGCUCUUAGGUCAGCCCCUAACUCUGCAGAAUUGGUUCUUGACUGUGUGUUAGAGUUUUACCCAACAAAAGGCAAGCAAGAAACCCCUAAAGAUGAGGUUCAUGGUACGAGAAGAGCGUGUAUUCUUUUACUGGAGAGGCUUUCCACCAUUGACUCUAAUAGGAAUCCUGACAUUAAAGAGAGAGCCAUGAAGAUUGCAGGAGAGUGGAAGAAAAAGGUUUAUACAGAGACUGAGAAGGAAGGUGGAACCCCAACUGCUGCGCAUGCAUUUUUGCAGCUUCUGGCUACUUAUGGUUUGGCCUCUGGUUUUGAUGCUGAUGAUUUGUUCGAAUUCAUUUCUUUGAUUGGAAGGAUGACGGAGGCUCCUGAUCUAUGCCGAGCUCUUGGUUUUACUCCUAGUAUGCCUGGUUUUAUCGAGAAACUGAUCUCAAGUGGGAAGUAUAUUGAGGCCGUAAACUUUACUUGUGCUUUUGGCCUUGUUGACAAGUUCGAGCCAGUUAACUAUUUGACAUCUUAUAUGAAGGAAAACAAGAAAGCUGCUGAUGAAUUCUUGUCAGGUGGAAAGAGAUCUGUUAGAGCACAGAACAAGGCUGCUGCGAAAGAAAUCUCUGGCCUAUGGGCAGUGAUAAAGUGUGCUAAAGAACACAGCCUACAAAAUCGAAUCUCCUGUGAUAACUUACAGAAAAGAAUUUCACAUCUGGACAAGCUAAUGGCUGAAAGAAAGAAGCAAGUUUCUUUUGAUAGAAAGAACAAAAAGCGCGCCCGUAAAGACCAUGCACCAGCUUCUUCACCAGGGCUUAACGGACCCAAGGGCAUCUUUGGCCUGGCUUCAGGAUACAUCGAAAAGCCAUCAGUUUAUUCAUACCGAGGCGAGAAAGGGGUCGUUGGGCCUUAUGGGCUUGGUGGGUUGAGUCCAUACGAGAGACCUGUGGGCUUUGGGUCAUUUUCUUCCUCUCUAAGUGUUUCACAAGGGAGCCAGGCACAUACGUCUCGAACCCAAUUAUACUCAUCGGAGUCCCUCAUGAGUGGUGGAUUGCCUUAUCCAGCACCCACUAGUGCGUCAGGGUAUGGCACCCCACCAACUAGUGUGUCCGGUUCCUAUGGUGUUACACCUGUGGGUGGGUCAGCGUUGUACAGAACUUCAGCCAUUGCUCAGUCUGGGUCCUAUGGGACUGGACCUGCUAGUGGGUCUGGGGCGUGUGGCACCAUAACCCCUGGUGGGACAGGGUCCUUUGGAGUUGACCCCGCUGGUGGGCAAGGCUCCUAUCAUGCUGUGCCGAUUGGUGGUUCAGGGUCCUACAGAGUUGCACCUAAUGGUGGUUUAGGUUCCUAUGGUACUGGACCACCUGGUGAGUCAGGGUUGUAUGAUGCUAGACCAACUAGUGGGCCAAGGUCCUAUGGCGCUGAAGCCAUGGGUGGGUUAGGGUCUUAUGGAGGUUUGGGGAGCUAUGAUGGCUACUCUUAUGGUGCGGGUAACUCCUCUUACAGAAAGAUGGACUCUUUCAAUGCAAUUUCAGAGGCCAUGAAAGUUGCAGCAAAGAAGAAAGAGGACCUCCACAAAGCCUUUGAAAACCUGAUUUCUCACUGCUGUCUGGCUUCCUUGCCCCUUCAAUGGCAGGACAUUGAGGCCCAUUUCGAAUUGAUCGAGAAAGAUAUCAAUGAAAAGCUUGAAAAACUCUCUGAGAAAGAGAAAUUCAUGCCAAAACUAGAGAUGAUUCAGGAAAAACCUGAGAAACCUACUGAGCACAUGGCAAAAAUUCCUGUGAAAACUGAGGUAUCUCCAGAAAAAACAGUGGGAAAUCCAGCAAAAACUGAAAAUACUCCAGCAAAACAAGAGAAUUCUCCUGCAGUUAAUUCGAAGAUCGAUACAAAGCCAAGGCCAAUAUUGAAGACCGUCUGUAAAAAAAUGGAUUCAAAGGGACUUCUCAAGUUCAUAAUUGACCAUCAACUCGAUCUUUCGGCCAUUCAAUACGAGCUUCCUAUGGCUUUUAGGUUGGCCCCGAACCCAGCAAACUUGGUUCUUGACUGUGUAUUAGAGUUUUACCCCCCAAAAGGCAAGCAAGAAAUUUCUAAUACGACAAGAACGUGUGUGCUUUUACUGGAGAGCCUUUCCAUCAUCGAAGCUAAUAGAAAUCCUGACAUUAAAGUGGGGGCCAAGAAGAUUGUAGGAGAGUGGAGGAAAAAGGUUAAUACAAUGAUUGACAGUGGAGGUGGAACCCCACGUGCUGCUUUGACAUUUUUGCGCCUCCUGGUUACUUAUGGUUUGGCUUAUGCUUUUGAUGCUGAUGAUUUGUUUGAAUGCAUUUCUUUGAUUGGAAGGAGGAAGGAGGUUCCUGAUCUAUGCCGAGCUCUUGAUCUUUCUCCUAAUAUGCCGGGUUUUAUUAAGAAACUGAUCUCAAGAGGGAAGUAUAUCGAGGCUGUAAACUUUGUUUAUGCUUUUGGCCUUGUCGACAAGUUCGAGCCAGUUACCUAUUUGACAUCUUAUAUGAGGGAAAACAAGAAAGCUGCUGAUGAAAUCUUGUCAAUUGGAAAGAGAUCUGUUAAAGCACAGAAUAAGGCUGCCGAGAAAGAAAUGUCUGGCCUAAGGGCGGUGAUAAAGUGUGCUAAAGAGCAUGGCCUCCAAGAUCGGAUCUUCUGUGAUGACUUGAAGAAAAGAAUUGCGCAUCUACACGAGUCAAUGAUGGAAAGAAAUAAGCAAGCUUCUUCUGAUAUAAAGAACAAAAAAAAGCGGGCACGAAUAGACCAUGCACCAGGGCCCACUUUAGCUUCUUCACCAGGGCCUGAUGGGCCCAUGGGCUUCUUUGGUCUGGCUCAAGGUCACAUUGAAAUGCCACCAGUUUAUUCAUACCCCGGCGAGAAACAGGUCGUUGGGUCUUAUGGGCAUGGUGGGUCAAGUCCAUAUGAGAGGCCUGCAGGCCUUGGCCCAUGUUUGUCCUCUCUUAGUGGUUCACAUAGGAGCCAGGCACCUAUGUCUCGCACCCAAUUGUACUCAGAAGAGUCCCGCAUGAGUGGUGGAUUGCCUUAUCUAGCACCCACCUGUGGGUCAGGGUAUGGCACCCCAACGAAUAGGGGGUCCUGUUCAUAUGGUGCUGCACCUGUGGGUGGGUCAGCGUUCUACAGCACUUCAGCCAUUGCUAAGUCUGGGUCCUAUAUGGCGGAACCUGCUAGUGCCUCUGGGGCCUAUGGUACCAUAAUCUCUGGUGGGACAGGAUCCUUUAGGGUUGAACCCAUUGGUGGGUCAGGCUCCAAUCAUGCUAUGCCUAUUGGUGGUUCAGGCUCCUACAGAGUUGCACCCAAUGGUGGGUCAGGGUCCUAUGGUACUGGACCCCCUCUUGUGUCAGGUUCCUAUGAUUCUGGACCCACAAGUGGGUCAAGGUUCUAUGGCUCUGAAGCUAUGAAUGGGUCAGGGUCCUACAGAGGUUUGGGGAGCUAUGAUGGCUACUUUUAUGGUGGGGCUGUGUCCCUUCUUACUAGUAAUGAUGAUUGUUCUCGAAUGAGCCAGGCGGUCCAGAUGUGCCCACAUAAUGGAGUGAGGUUUUGAGCGUUGUAACAUUUUAGUCGAAGAGGUUCGGAGCAUUUUUGUUACACUGGGAUUUUGAUAUAAUUGAUAAGUUUCAUGUACCAGGGAGAAGAAAGGGAAUGAUAGAUGUAUUCAUGGAUCUAAUAAAAAUAAAACCAUGUAAGUUGUCUUCAA